AUAUUAUUUUUUAUUUAAUUGAAUUUUCAUUUAUUUAUUUUCGUCUUUGGUACAAUGCUACCCUGAAGCAAAAGUAUUGCAAACUUUUGGUGAUUAUCAUAAAAGUCUACAGUGAAGUUGACAUCCAACGAAGGUGGAAAAUAUGUGGGAAAGUAAGAAUCAUCGAGGAUGUAGGAUGCAUUGAAGAGAAAGUUCUUGAAGCGAAAUAUAAUUAUGACAUAAUUAGUAAUGAAGUUGUGAUCAAGUAAUGUUACAUACCGGUUUUAUGGGACAUUUUCGAGUACAAAAAUACUAUGCCUAACAAAAUUUUCCAAUGCAAGUCAUAUAUUUUGUAGUGAGUUGGUCACUCUUUUCCAACCUGUCGAUCUCCGUUAACGCAGUAUAUUUACACUUAAGCAAGUCACAUCCUUUAUUUUGUCCUACAAGAAAACUCACUGGCUAAAAUGCUAAACAAAAUUUUAUGUCUCCUAGUAGCCUUCAACUGUUUAAUUAUAGAUCAGGCGAUCGAAAGAAAGAAGUUAAAUGUGGAGUUGCAUCAGGUUACCUGUACAAGUCUCAAACCCCAACCAAUAGAACAGCUUAAAUGCUACUUCAAGAAAUUGGGAAGAAGUAAAUAUUCUGUUGGCGGCAUUGUUAUGCUCAAUCAGCAAUUGGACAAAACCGUGGAUGUCCAAGUCAAACUUUACAUAGGAAGUGAUAGAAAAGUUAUAAAAUUCCUCGAUUUGAGGCUCAAUGUAUGUGAAAUCCUACAACGAGGCGUGUCUGUACCAUUAAUGAGGAAAAUAAUUAUGGAAACCUUUAAAAGAACUAACUUUCCCCGAAAAUGUCCUAUAAAGUCGAACAUCUUCUUCAAUGCGUCCUAUAUACUCGAUGACUCUUUUCUUCCUCCAUAUUUGCCACCCUCAUUGGGUAUCAACUUUUCCGCAGACUUUUUUGAUAAUCGAAAAAAAUUUGCAACAGUUUUGCUUGAAGGUUGUACUAUGCCAAUAGCGCGGAAAUGAAGAAAAAUGGAACAUCUCAUUAAAUUGAUAUGGAAAAUGUUUACUCAGAGAGACACAGAGAUGUAAUCAAAAUUACAUUACAAUUAAACUCUUCACUAAUCAAAAAC